AGCUUUUGAACUUCUAGUAUUUAUCUAUAAAGAUUCAUGACUAUAGACCUUCCAAAAUUGUUCCAAAACUUUUCUGACCUUGGGCCUAGGCCUACAACACGGAGUGAAUAUCAGAAUGUGUGGCGGCUCACGAAUAUUUAGGUGAUUCUUCCAAUGGCAAGGUGUGGCUAAAAAGUGAGGAACAUGUUAGCUGCUUCUAGGGGUCUCAUUUUGCUUCCAAGAGCUGUACAGUGCAAUGGAUGGUCUUCGUUUCGUACAUCUGCUCUCUCAAAUAGCAUCAUCCUAUGGGAGAAAGAUCGUAAAAGUGGUUACAAGAAAGACAAUAAGAAAACACCAAAGGAGCAUAUAAAAACUGGUCUCGGAAUGAUGAAAGAUGAAAUGAAGUUAUUUGGACAAGAAACUGUUGAAAAAUUCAAAUGUGAGAAAGCAGACAUGAUAUUUGGUUUUGACCAGGGUGAAUUCCAAAAAGUGUGGAGUUUUAAUUCACAGGAGGAUAUUGAAAAAUGGACCGUCACCUCAGAUGGUGACAAUAAUGAAGGAAAAAGCAAAUGUUUAUUUAGCCUGAAUGAGAACAGAAAGGGAUACUUUCAUGGCACUAUUGAUAGAACUGUUCCAAAGACUGGAAUUAACAAAUAUGCAGGGUACUGCAAUAUAAAAUCUCCUAGAAAUUUGAGAUCUUUCCAGCGAGCCGAUACAUAUGACUGGACAGGAUUUAGUCACCUAAUGAUACGAGCUCGUGGAGAUGGUAGGACAUAUAUUCUCAACCUUGGAGUGGAUAGUUUCUUUGAUAUAACUUGGAAUAACAUAUUUCAAUUUGCCUUGUUCACUAGAGGAGGUCCAUACUGGCAGACAGCUAAGAUCCCUUUCUCAAAGUUCUUCCACAGUGCUAAAGGACGCAUACAGGACAGACAGCAACCCCUGACAGAGAUCCUCCAUAAGGUUACCUAUAUGAGUAUCACACAGUUAGGGGAGCCUGGAGAUUUUGGCCUGGAGAUUGACUUUAUUGCUGCUUACUGUGAUCACAUGCACCAGGAGAAAUUUGCAUAUGAAAUGUAUCAAACUGACAAAGGAGUUCCUGGAAGUUAAUGCAUAUAUUGUGCACUACAUUGUAGUAUAGGCCUACUAUAUAAAUCUUACUUAUGUUAAUUGUUUUUAUCAGAUUCCUUUUAAUACGAUUGUUAAGAAUAUACAGUGAAGCCUAUUUGAAGCAACAUCCUUGAUUUGUCCUCAUUUACAUUCAAAUCAUUAUCCCAACAAAGUUUGGGGGAUAUAGAGGAUUCCUCAUCCAUUAAUUUGUCCAUCCAUCUGUCUGUCUGUCUGUCUGUUCAGGCAAUUUCUCAAAUACUGUUGGCCUAAUAUUGAAUACUUUGAAGCAUAAAACUAAAAUUCUUUGGAGCAUUUUCUUUCGACAAAUAACUUGCCUAAAAACAGCUAUUUGAAAAAUGGCCACGGAAUGGGUU